UGCUCCAAGAAGAGCACUGGAACAUAUGAAGUUCUUUCAUCUCAAACUGUGUUUUUCUGUUUGUUUAAUGAUUCAGGCUCCUACAGAAAGUCCAUAAAGCUGAUGACCACAUAAAGAGCUUUGACUUGGCCUGAUGGUUAUGAAGUGACCCUCUGAGCCUGUGCUAUGGACUGCAGACUUGGUUGUUGGACAGGACUAAAACAUUUGCCUGUCUGUGUGCUCCUGCUGCUGAUAAAUACAGUGUCCCUGCAGGAGAUUGAAGCUGUUGUAGGAGACAACAUCAUCUUACCAUGUUCAAACAGUGAUGAGGCACCGCAGGAUAAAGUCACUGUGUUCUGGAGAUUCAGAGACAGCAGGACUGUGUACGACAUCAUCAACAACAAAGUGUUGUUUGAUGAACAGGACACAUCAUUCAGACACAGAGUUGAAAGUUUUCCAGCUGAGUGGACAAAGGGAAACUUCUCCAUCACACUCAGCAGUGUCCAGAAGGCUGAUGGAGGACUGUACACCUGCUUCAUUCCUGCUAUCAACAAACAAACGAAAGUACAGCUGAUUGUUAAAGAUUUUCCUGUCUCAAGACGUAUACAAACCCUGAUAAACCAGGAUGUCAAAAGCGAACCACAGAACCUUCUUCUUUUUUCAGCAGCUCUUUUGGGACUUGCUCUACUGUAUGUCUGACUUGUCUAACUUUAGUGCUGAACCAGUUACAAUGUACCACCACCACCACCAUAGUGGUGUGGAUUGCUACACCUGGGACUGACUGCUGCAACGGGGCUUAUGCCUGGUCGUAAGUUAAGCUGACUGUGUACCAACAGUAUGUGGUUAGCUAACUUUGUUACGAAAAGCAGUAACAUCACUUGUCCAGACUGUCUCAGUUUAGAAGGAGCUGCUGAAUACCUGUGAAUGCAGAGAACUAAGAGAUUCGAGGACACUGCUCUAAUUCUCGAGUCACUGCGCUGCCUACCAAUUCACUACAGAACUGACUUUAAAGUGCUUCUAAUUAUAUUUAAAUCACUGAAUGGCUUCAUGCUUCAGGUAUUUAAAGCCAAAAGGCUUCUCUAAAUCACGAGGAACUGGUCAGUCAGUAGUGGCCAAUAUAAGAGCCAAAUAGGGUGAGGCUGCCAGAUGAUGUCAGAUAGGCUCCAGAUAUAAGUCUAGUUAAAAACUUGUUUCUUUGUGUCGUUGUUUAGCUCUGCACUUUAUCUUAGCACUACAAUAUUCUUAGUUCCUUUAAUCCAUUAAUCAUUUAUCUUUUCAAUGCACUUUCAUACCACAGGAUAUCUUAAGACAUCCCAAGACAUGGUAAUGGCUGGGUAUGUACCCAGCCAUUACCAUGUCU